AUGCCAAAUGCCUUUCCUAACCUGUACCCAUAUACUCCCAUCCAACGGACACCUUACCCCAUAAAUAUUCACCCACCUACUUCCACACCUGUUACAACUUCAACCACCCAACAAACAACACCUUCAAACAACCAUACUGCAGGUGAAUCAAAAGGAUGGCGAAACAAGCAAGAGAAAGUGCAAUUUGACCCAAUCCCAAUCUCAUAUGCUGAACUCUUCACUCAGUUAGUUGCAAACCAUCUAGUGGCACCUCUAUACAUAGAGCCAUUAAAACCUCCAUUCCCGAGAUGCUAUGACGUUUUCGCCCACUAUGAUUAUCAUUAUGGAAUCGAAGGUCACUCGAUCGAGAAUUACACAGCAUUCAAGUAUAAGAUGCAAGGAUUAAUCAAGGCAAGAAUCCUGAAUUUUGAAAAGAAGCCGAAACAGAAUGUUAACAACCCAUUGCCAAAUCAUAUUGGGGUAGGGGUAAAUCCGAUUGAAGGGGAGAUGAAUGUUAAAAGGAACAUCCGAGAAGUGGAAACCCCCAUGGAGAAAGUGUUUAAAGCCUUGGUAAAGGCCUGUAUGCUCGAGGAAGUGCAAAGGAUGAUGGACGAAUCAAAGAUUGAAUUCUACGUGGAAGCCUCAAGGCUAGCAGUAAACAUGAUGGCCAAAGAUUCCACUCACCCAAUGAAGAUAAAACCUUUGACCAUUUUCUAUGAACCAAAAGGAAAGCUUGUGGAAGACAAAACCCAAGCCAAGAUGACCAUCGAAGCCCCUAAACCUUUCCCCUACAAAGAUGACAAAGUUGUCCCAUGGAACUAUAAUUGCAAUGUACAAGUUUCAAAUGCGGGGAAAUGGAUGGUUGAAUCUCAAGAUAAUGCUGUAAAUAUAACUAGUGUUGGGGGGAUUACCCGCAGCGAAUGUUGCUAUACACUAGAGGCAUUGGAGAAUCUCAGGAAGGAGAAGAGAAAAGAAAAAGAGCAAAAUUCGGGAGAAGAAAAAGUGCAAUCUCAGGAAUCGAUAAAUGGCUCAAAGGGCUCGGAACCAUAUAGGAACUCUUUGAUGAGGAUUAUGAACCAAGCAUAUGUGGAUCACGACAUUUUAGUUGAAAAUUUGGACUACAUCAUUGGGAACAUUUCAGUGGGUAACAUAAUAUCCUUUAGCGAUGAAGAAAUCCUUUCUGGAGGUAGGGGAAACUACAAAGCCUUGCAUAUCACUACCAAGUGUAAAGGCUGUACAGUCGCAAAAGUGCUACUUGAUAACGGAUCGUCCUUAAAUGUGAUGCCCAUGAGGACCUUGGCCCGCUUACCCAUCGACAUGUCUUAUAUGAAAAAGAGCCAAAUGAUUGUUAUGGAUAUCACUUCUUCAUACAAUUAUUUGUUGGGAAGACCUUGGAUCCACAUGGUUGGGGCCAUACCUUCAUCGCUUCACCAAAAGGUUAAGUUCAUCAUGGAUGAGAAAAUUGUAUGUGUUAACGGGGAAGUGGACUUACUCAUAAGCAAGCCAGUAGAUACUCCUUACGUGGAAGCGGCGGAAGAAGUACCUGAAUGUUCUUUCCGAUCUUUCGAGUUUGUUAAGACCCCAUAUAUUGGAGAAGGAACCACACCGCCUAUUCUGAAGCUUUCCAAAACCACCAAGAUGGCUGUCAGUCAGAUAGUAGGGAAAUGA